AUGGAGGGAAGCAAUGUAUCCGCCAAUGCGGGUACGCCUGUGGCGGUUGAUGACAGCAGUGGUAUGGAAGACCUCGACACGGAUGCCUUAUCCCAGUUGUUGGCCAGCAUAUCGGUAGAUAGUGCGAAUUGCCAGUGGGAUUCUAAUGAGGGGGUUGCCCCUACGGUCAACGUCAUGCCCGCGCCGAAUGACUCAGUUGGUGUAGGGGAGUCUGAGAAGGUGUCUUCUGUCGAGAAGGAGUGAUGAUACGUUUACUAACUCGCGCCAGCCCGUUGACUCGGACAUGCGUUGUCUCUCACUGCAGAAUUAUAGUAAGUUGAAUAGCAGCGGUAUUGACGUUCCAUCGUAGUUGUGAAGUAUUUGAUUAAAUGAUAUAUUUUCAGUGGUCGAUCGAUAUGGUGGUAUUGAUCGUCAUCCGUUGGUAGUUGCUGAUAUUAUCACUAGUCUGGCCCCUGCCGACUGUUUGCAUUGGAGCCAGUACUAUGAGGAGACCAAUGGUUUAGUAUUUUGUACUUAGUUGGAUAGGAGCUCCUCAAUACUUGUCUUCUAUUUUAGUACUGUUCUGCGGUGGUUGGCGUGGUAGUAGUUGUAGUCGAAAAAGAGGUAGAUAUUUGUAUAAUCGUGUUUAAUAUCGGAGACUAACUUUCGGGUCCAUCUGAUAUGAGUAAUUGUAAUAUGAAUAGUGCUAAGGGCACUCCUUCCACUACGCCGCCACGAACGUACAUAAGAUUAUUGAAGUAGGCAAAUGGGCAGGAGGUCUUUCAUUUCGCAAGCGCGGGAGAGUUACUAUGAAACAGUCGUGGUAAUUUUGUGUUCCCAAUAUGCUGAUGUUAUUAUUCAACGUUUUGAUGAGUAUGAGCAGAGUGGCUAUUUGCAGCGCAAAGAGUCCAAAGCCGCAUAAUGGCACUCCUGUUCACUCUUCCAAUUCUGGAUGUGUAUGCGAAACAAAGGUGAUCUUGUCUACUGCGACGUUGUUUCGUGACGUUAUAGUGUCGGCUUGGCGCGAAAUUUAACUGUAAUUAUUGACAUCCACUAGUC